AUGUCCUCGCGUUCACAUCGGAACAGGUCAAUCCGCCGCCGGAGCCGCCGUAAUAUCUCCCACAAGCCGCAGCAGCCGCAAUAUUAUUACUCAGACUACAACGAGGACAAGUAUUCCGAGGAGGAAAAGCAGCAAGGUGGCGCUCUCAGCGGUCUCGGCGGUACGCAGGCCAUAUUGCCCAAAGGCGAUGCGGUUUCGGCAGCAAAUAACCUCAACGGCGCAACCGGCGCCCUCGGCAAUGAUGCCGGUGGCGGGCUGAACCAAAAAUAUGACAACCUGGGUAAGAGGGAUACACUAAGUUUGGCGAAGUUGGAUCUCAACCUGGAAGUCAAGGGUACGCUCAAGACGAGAAUUCACGGCAGUCUGAAAUUGACUUUGCUGUGA